GGUAGAGUCCAAAACCCCUCCACGUGAGCACAAAUGGCGAAAUGUUUCAGUAACAAUAAUCUGUCAUUUGAAGUCAUAUGGAGUGAAUAUCGUUAAUAACUCGUGCAGAAAGUUUUUUAGACUUUGAUUAAGAGAAAGGGGUGAAGUACUGAUUUUGAUAUCGUGAAAAGUUGAUUUGUUUUUUUGGAAAAUGACGUACAUGAACUCUUGGGAGGAGUUUGAGAAGGGAGCAGAGAGGUUAUAUCUUCAGGACCCAUUCAAGGCUCGAUAUUCCAUGAAGUACUGUCACAACAAGGGAGUUUUGAGUCUCAAAUUGACUGACAAUCGAACGUGCUUGCAAUACAAAACAGAAAUAGCUCAAGAUCUCAAGAAAAUGGAGAAAUUCAUAGGGAACCUAAUGAGGCACAUGGCGUCUAAGGAUAAUUAAAUAUCCAGUAAAACUUAGGUACAAUAUAUUUUUUAAUAAAAAAAGUUGAAACAAUUUGUUAAUCAAUCUAAUCAUACUAUAAGACCUGCUUCUCUCUGUCCUUAUUUAUCAAGAGAUCCUAUGACUAGUACGAUUAUCAUCUUUUAUUGAAAUACAGAGUUGAACAUUUA